CACGAUAACUUGAUCGUACGAGAAUAAUUAUGUACCUACGCAUGUAGUUUCAUCGGGUAUCUGUUUCAUUAAUGUAAUACUCUAACGUAAAUAUGGAACGAUUUUUCAAAAAAGUCGCAGUGAUUACUGGAGCUGGAUCAGGCAUUGGGGCAGCCGUGGUCAAAGAAUUGUUGGCGUAUGAUAUUUGUGUUGUGGGAUUGGAUUUGGAUGAAAAAAAACUGCAAGCACAAUCCAACAACUUGACGCAGAAAAAAUUGAAAGGAAGAUUUCUUUAUAAAAAAUGCGACGUAACUCGAAUAUCUGAAAUUAAAGAUGUUUUCCAUUGGAUUGAUACCGAAGUAGGUUCAAUAGCAAUUCUUGUUAAUAGCGCGGGGAUACUGAUCAGAAAAACUUUAUUAGAUGUCAGCGAUGAGGAGAUAACCAAAACGAUGGAUGUAAAUUUCAAAGGCUUAUUGCUCUGCUGCCAAGAAGCUAUGAAAAUAAUGAUUAAAAAUCAAGUCGAUGGCCAUCUAAUUAACAUAAAUAGUAUUAACGGUCAUCAUGUUAGAUUGAGACCCGAAAUUAGUUUGACAAUGAUAUAUGCGGCAUCAAAAUAUGGGGUCACCGCAGUCACAGAAGGAUUAAGGCAGGAAAUUGCGAAACGAAAUUUAAAAAUUAAAUGCACAAGUAUUAGUCCGGGUCAUGUAAUUACACCAUUGACAGAUAUUAAAAGAGAUGUACCAAUUAAGCCUACUGAAGUAGUAGAGCCGAAAAAUAUUGCUGAAGCUUGCAUAAGUGUUUUGAACACAGCACCUUUCGUAUUGAUAUCUGAACUGACCAUCAUGGGAAUCCAUCAAGAAAUUUGAAUAAGAAAAUAAAAUUUUCGAUGAAGAAAUCGAUUUCGUCUCAAACGAUAGUCAACUAUUCGCAAUAAAUCAAUAAAUAUUUAAUAACUUAACGUAGCAACGUAAAUGUACCUAACCUAUCUAGCUAAUCUAUACCUACCUACGAAAUAAUAAAAAAAAAAAGAAUAACAAAUUUGACAAGUUGACAUACUUAUUAAAAUCUAUAAUAAACUUUUCCGUCUUUCGA